CUUUCUCAUCUUUGCUCUUUUGAUGUUUUUGUUCUUUUGAUGUCAAAAUCUGUAAUUGAUUAGCGAUAAGAUCUCGUGACUCGUCCGAGAGCUGCUCCUUUCAAACUAGGGUUCAUCUGUUGAUCGGCAUCUGUUAUUGGGUUUGUGGAAAUAAACAAUAUAAAAAGAGUCCCUUUGUCUCUUUUUUUGCUAUAUUCUGUGCUUACGUCUGCGAGGUGCCAUGUCUUUUAAUGGAGAUGAGGAUUUUGAUUAUGUGGCCGACGAGGGUGAUAUGGCCAAUGUGAUGGACGAUGAAAUGUUUGGGGAUUCCUUUGAGAAAGAUAGAGUUAAAGUUGAUGAUGAUUAUGAACUGCUCACUAGGGUGACAGAUACAUCCUCUGCACAAGCAAGGAGAGGAAAGGAUAUCCAAGGUAUCCCAUGGGACAAAUUGCAUAUAACUCGACAAAAUUAUAGAAAGACCCGAAUUGAUCAGUACAAAAAUUAUGAGAAUGUUCCAUCAUCAGGGGAGGAAAUGAAUAAGAAAUGCAAGCAAAUGGAAAUAGGUGGCAACUAUUAUGAGUUUCAAUACAACACAAGACUGGUGAAGCCAACAAUUCUUCAUUUUCAGCUGAGGAAUUUGGUAUGGGCUACUUCCAAGCAUGACGUCUAUUUUAUGUCAAAUUCGUCAGUUAUUCAUUGGUCUGCAACAUCUUGCAACUUGUCAGAGGUCCUCAAUUUUUCAGAACAUGUCGCUCCUAAAGAGAGACAUUCUGGUAGUUUGAUGGCAGGGUUUUCACGUACUCAAAUUAGCACGCUUGCAGUAAAGGACAAUCUACUAGUUGCAGGAGGUUUCCAAGGAGAGCUAACCUGUAAGUUUUUGAACCGGCCUGGGAUUAGCUUCUGCACCAGGACAACCUUAGAUGACAACGCAAUUACCAACGCCAUUGAUAUAUUCAAAGGUCUUAGUGGUAAUCUCCGAUUCAUGGCGUCCAACAAUGAUAGCAGCGUUCGGGAAUAUGAGACAGAAAGGUUUCAGCUCCUGAAUCAUUUUCGGUUUCCUUGGCCUGUAAAUCAUACAUCCAUAAGCCCUGACAGGAAGCUUGUUGCAGUUGUUGGUGACUGUUGUGAUGGUUUGCUGGUGGAUUCACAGAACGGGAAGACGGUGGCAACAUUUGCCGGACACUUGGAUUUCUCAUUUGCUUCAGCCUGGCAUCCCGACGGUCUGACCUUUGCGACGGGGAAUCAGGAUAGAACGGCCCGAGUGUGGGAUGUUCGAAACCUUUCAUCGUCGCUGGCAAUUCUCAAGGGCAAUCUGGGCGCAGUUCGUUCCAUCAGAUACUCGUCCGAUGGGCAGUUCAUGAUCAUGGCGGAACCGGCAGACUUCGUUCACAUCUUUAGCACCAAAGCUGAUUACAAGAAGAGGCAGGAACUAGAUUUCUUUGGGGAGAUAUCAGGGGUGGCACUGAGCCCAGAUGAUGAAUCUUUGUUCAUAGGAGUCUGGGAUAGGGUUUAUGCCAGCUUGCUACAGUACAGCAUGCGACACAAAUUCGGUUACCUAAACGCAUUCAUGUAAUGCUCUUAUUGUGUUCUGUUGUGUUCUCACUUCUCUGCCAGGGACUGGCUAAGCUGCUUAUUGUUGUUUAUUGAGCACUAGGGAAGAGAGAUGGAAGAGGAUAUAACUACACAUGUAUAGAACGUUGGAUUUUAAACUAAUGCCUUUUUUAAAUUUCUCAAUGCAUUUCUUAUGUAUUUGAUGCAA